GCGGACCUGGAUGAUGAUCAACCCGCCCAAGAGGACGACUAGUAGGUAUUGUAGUAGUGGUAAGGAUUAAUACUUACUCAAACUGAAGAUAUCUUUUAGCGACCAUGGAGUCAGUUCGCACGAACCUCAAGCAUCUUCAGUUUCGUAGUUCUCUCGGUUGUGGAGUUCAAUCAAUUAUCGAUGCGCCACUGGGUGUCCUUUCGAGUGGCCCGCUCCGAACAAAGCCCUGGGCCAGCUGCCACAGCCCCGAUGGGGUGGUCGAUCUACAGAUAGUACUAGUCAGGUAAGUGGACGGGCAUGUUAAAGUACGUGCUUAAAUGAUGUUUAUCUCAGAAGAAUCGCG